AUGGCGCCCUGGAACGACACCGAGGACCGCCAGCUCCUUCUCUCUGUGAUCUCUGUCGCUCAGGUCAACCCCAACUGGGAGGAGGUUUCUAAGCAGAUGGGCAAGACCAAGGAGGCUGUUCGCCAGCGCUUCGCCAAACUCAAGAAGGAGGCCGGCGAGAUUACUGCCAACGGUGCUGCUACUGAUGACGGCUCUGCUGCCCCUCCUGCCACCGCCACCCCUACUCCUCGCAAGCGCAAGUCCAAGGCCAAGUCCAAGAAGGCCACUUCGGACGAUGACGACGAUGAUGAAGGUACUCCCCUGACCAAGAAGACCAAGAAGUCUCAGAAGGUCAUCAAGGCUGAGGAUGAGGAUGAGGAAGAGGCUGAGGCUUGA